AUGCGCAUUCUCGUUACAGGAGCGGCAGGUUUUGUCGGGCAGAUUGUCUCCAAGGAACUCCUCGGCGACGAAGCACAUCAGCUCAUUCUCACGGAUGUCGUUGAGCCAGCCGUUCCGCACGGGUCAAAAUAUCCUAAGCAUGCCAGAUGCAUCAAAGCAGAUCUCCUGGAGUCUGCCGCCACCUUAAUCCCGUCGGGGCUUGACUGUGCGAUCCUUCUCCACGGCGUGAUGUCCUCGGCGGCCGAAGCUGACCUGGAGCUUGGAUAUCGUGUCAACGUCGACGCUACGCGGUCUUUGCUGUUUAACCUAGCAAAGAAGUGUCCCGGGGUUCGAGUUAUCUAUGCCUCUAGCGAAGCUGUGUAUGGAAGUCCCGUACCCAAGAACAAUGUCACCGAGGCAGAUUUCCCAACUCCAGAGAUGUCGUACGGCUGUCAGAAGGUCAUAUGCGAAACGCUCAUCAACGACCUCACACGCCGGGGCAUGAUCAACGGCUUCUCGCUUCGCUUCCCCACGAUAUCUGUCCGCCCCGGGAAACCAAGUCCCGCCAUCUCAGCGUUUUUAUCCGGCAUCAUACGCGAACCCUUGAACGGUCAGACGUGUGUGAUACCGUUAAAGGAUCGUGCCUGGCGCCAUUGGAUGUGCUCUCCCAAGACACUGGUGCACAAUAUACUCGUCACGGUGCAAUUGCCAUGUGACGCACUCGAGCCGCAUCGGAGAGCGGUCAACGUCCCGGGCUUCGCGGUGACAGUACAAGACAUGUUGGAUGCUCUUGCGGAAGUCGGAGGAAAAGACAAGUUGGCUUUUGUUCAGGAAGAGGAACGGCCGGAAUUACAGUCGGUGUUGUACUCUUGGGCAGAUGACUUUGAUAACAGCCUCGGACUGUCAUUGGGUAUGAAGCAGGAUACCUCCUUUGUCCAGUCGGUUCGUGACUAUGUCGAAAGCAUGAAAGAAGCCCCUAGGCUGUAG